AUGACGCAAUAUAUAUAUAAUAUCUCUCUCUAUAUCAAUUUCUCUUCCUUGUCCAGCCCUAAUGACAUCUACUCUUACCUGGUUUAUGCGGGCCGGCAUCAGCUGAACGGCUGGAAUGCAGACGAGACCAGCCAUAGGAUCCGCCGCGUGGUGGUUCCUCUGGGUUACACAGACCCUCAGCUGGGUCAGGAUAUCGCUCUAGUGGAGCUGGCCACAGCUGUCAGUUGGUCUGACCGCAUUCAGCCUAUCUGCCUGCCAUAUGCCAAUGUGGAGUUCAGCAGUGACAUGAGGUGCAUGAUCACUGGAUGGGGUGACAUCAGAGAUGGAGUUGCUCUGCAGGGCGUUGGGGCAUUGCAGGAAGUCCAAGUGCCAAUCAUCGACUCAAAGAUCUGUCAGGAUAUGUAUCUGAUAAACCCCACAGAGAACAUUGACAUCCGCCCUGACAUGAUGUGCGCUGGAUUCCAACAAGGAGGCAAAGACUCCUGCCAGGGCGACUCCGGUGGACCUCUGGUGUGUCAGAUCAGUGACGGAAGUUGGGUACAAGCUGGAAUUGUGAGCUUCGGUCUCGGCUGUGCUAAAGCAAACCGACCAGGAGUCUAUGCCAAAGUAUCCAGCUUCACUAGCUUCAUCCAGAACCACGUUGGAGGAGUCCAGCUCAAGAGCGCAUCGAGUCACAUCUGGGCUGACCGGGUCAUGUUGGUCAUCAGGACUCUGGUGAUACUGGUAUUGGUGCAGCUGCUGAGAUAAACACACACUGAUCCUCGCACAAGCCAAAAACCUCCUGCCCCAAAACACUGUCCUACGUAAAAAGAGAUUUUAAUGCCAUAGUUUUAAUCAGUUUUUAAAUGACUUUAUUAUGUAGUUUCCUAUUUGGUUUGUACCAAAAAUACACACCAAAUGAUUUGAAAUUAAAGAUAAAAGUAUGUCUUUUACCACUUGAUUAAUAAUAUAUUCUUUUAAUCAUUUGGAACUGUACUGAUUAACAUUGAGAUGAUUAAACCAUGUAAUUAAACUGUGCAAAUAAUGCCAUUUUUAAACUGAAAUACUCAAAUGGUUCUUGUGGGCAGCUUAACAAUUGUGAGAUUUGACAGUGCAUACUGUAAGAUUAAUGGACACUUAUUUGAUCCAGCGUUUUGCACAGCAAUUAUAAAUGUUAUUUACCUUUGCAUCAGGACAUGUCAAAUUUUUAAGAUCACCUGUGCAAUUAUGAUGUGAAGGAUUUAAUGCUUUUCUAGAGUUAGUUGUAUAUUUGUACCUCUUGGUGAACGUUUCUCUUAAAAUGCUGUAAAUAAACUUUGUAAUAAAGUGAUUUUUGUAAUUGA